GACAGGUAACUCAAGUAAUCCCCAUUGUCACUGCAAUCAGACCUAUAUAAAUCCACCUUGACGGACAGCAGUCACCACAUAGCCUUUACCUCUCUGCUGGAUCACCAACCAGGCGAGUUCCCCUCAACACGGACUAAAAUGUCACUCUCAUCUAUCCUUUCUGCUGCUGACAUCGACAGCGCAAUCAAGGACUGCCAAGCACCAGACUCAUUCUGCCCUAAGAAGUUUUUCCAGCUGUGUGGCCUCACCAAGAAGACCGGCCCGGAUGUGAAGAAGGUAUUCGGGAUCCUGGACAAUGACGGUAGUGGCUUUAUUGAAGAGGACGAGCUCAAGUUUUUCCUGCAGAGGUUUUCCCCCGGAGCUCGUGUUCUGACAGACAACGAGACCAAGGCCUUCCUGUGCGCUGCUGAUGAUGACAGCGAUGGCCGAAUUGGAGUAGACGAGUUCCAGGCCAUGGUGAGCACCUAAACAGCUGGACUCCAUCUCUCCGAAGUUUGGUCUGACCACAGUGCUGCCCCCAGUUCACUGCUUCUCUUAGCUUUAGUCGAUCAGUUUUAAGUAUAACAUUUAUUGAUUUAUUUUUCAUUUUACAAAACUCGCUCUGGUCCACGCACAUCCACCUCGUCAUCAUGUUUUUGCUUUUCAGGCUUGAGACAGCUCAAGUUUCGUUGCCCAACAAAAAUUGUACAAUCUACCAAAUUACUGAGAAAAUAAAAGCAUAAAAUCCA